AUGAAUGACGGAGGCGAAGCGAAAAUGGCACGAAAUUACCAGAGCAAGCCGGCAGAAAAUAACGAAGGCGGCCUCCAAAUUUCUAAGCCAACAACCAUAAACGUCGCGGCGAGCCAGUCAGCGCAAGCUGAGAAUUCAACUUCCACUCGGCCAAAACUCACGACUCGAGGCGUUGGUCGUGGGCUUAAGAUCGAUGUGUUAGAUUGCGAGCCGCGGCUCCAACAGCGAUCGGCCAACACCGUGGUGAACUACAUCACGGCAAUGAUGACCAAGGUUCAGCUCACAUGGCAAGACAGAGCCAGUCCUGGUAGCGAAUCAGCUACAGUUCGCAUGGAAAUUUGGCCAGUCAGGAGCUGGCAAACAAAGAAGCCCGUGAGAUCCGGAAUGAAGAAACCAGCUCGCACAGCUGUGUUUGGCAGCUUGAAGACAGUCUCGAGGCUGCGACGUCGGGUCGCACCACUCAGAGCCGAGUACGAUGACCGCGAGGUAGCGGAUGGCGAAAGCGCGUAUGAUUGCAGCGAAGCUCGGCUUGAGUUUCGCGUGUUGGACAAAUCUGUUGUAAAGGUGGGGAGAGGAGUUGGUGUGAAGGGAGAGCGUGCGGGAAAGAAGGAAGAUGUUGAGGAUACGGAUGAUGACGAGUGGGAAGUAGGUUGGAAGCGUGUCAGUGCGAAAGCGAAAAGGGAGGUGAAGCUGUACUUUGGCUCCAGGCAUCUAUUGGGUUCUCGCUUUGGUGCUUUCAUGGCUGCCCGCAGUUUGCCCUUGUUCGGCCACAAACAUUUUGACGGGUAUGCCGUUGUUGUUCUCCCGUCACAGACUGAUAGAAUGGUGAACCGCGAAGAGUUCAGGCACCGACGUGUGCGUGAACGUGAACGUGACCGUGACCGUGGUUCGUGUCGUAUUUGUGCUUUUACUAACUACACGGGAAAGUAG